GGCGGGACGCGAACGCCGCAGGUGACCCGGGCGAGGAGCAGGGUGCCCGGGCCGCGGCUGAGGCGUGGAGGCGGCGCCUCGCUCGGCCCCGCUCGCGGCUUGGGCGCUGAGGGCUGAGGAGACUAGGCUACCGAGGCGGGCGGAGGGAGGGCGCGUGGCACCCCUCUGACGGCCGGCGGCGCCCGCGGCCCUCAGCAUGUUCCGCGAGGCGAGGGUUUUCCUCCCGCCCGUGGGCUGAGGCGGCGCCGGCGGCGGCCAGGAGAAGCGACAUGCACCUGCCAAGCGCGGCUUAGAGGACGCGGCAGGCGGCGAGUCCCUGCCGCCCGCGGGAGGGCUUGCUUCGCCCGGCGGCAGCCGCCGGCGCCUCCCGCCGCCCGCCGCCGCCGCCGCGGGCCCGAGCGGAGCGGCGGGGUGGGCGCCCCGACAUGGCGGCCCGGAGUGCCCCGAGCUGCCACCUGCGGCUGGAGUGGGUGUACGGCUACCGGGGCCACCAGUGCCGCAACAACCUCUACUACACGGCGGCCAAGGAGAUCGUGUACUUCGUGGCGGGCGUCGGCGUGGUGUACAGCCCGCGGGAGCACCGGCAGAAGUUCUACCGGGGCCACAGCGACGACAUCAUCAGCCUUGCACUGCAUCCUGAACGAGUAUUGGUAGCAACAGGACAAGUUGGGAAAGAGCCUUAUAUCUGUGUUUGGGAUUCAUACACUGUGCAGACCAUAUCAAUUCUCAAGGAUGUUCAUACACAUGGUAUAGCUUGCUUAGCAUUCGACUUAGAUGGACAGCGCUUGGUUUCAGUUGGACUUGAUUCAAAGAAUGCAGUUUGCGUUUGGGAUUGGAAAAGGGGAAAAAUGUUAUCUAUGGCUCCAGGUCACACAGAUAGAAUAUUUGAUAUUUCUUGGGAUUUGUACCAGCCAAAUAAACUUGUCAGCUGUGGUGUAAAGCAUAUCAAGUUUUGGAGUUUAUGUGGAAAUGCUCUGACCCCAAAACGAGGGGUCUUUGGUAAGACUGGUGACCUUCAGACAAUAUUGUGCCUGGCCUGUGCAAGGGAUGAAUUAACAUAUUCUGGUGCACUCAAUGGGGAUAUAUAUGUUUGGAAAGGAAUCAAUCUUAUACGAACAAUACAAGGAGCUCAUACGGCAGGAAUUUUUAGCAUGAAUGCUUGUGAAGAAGGCUUUGCUACUGGUGGCAGAGAUGGCUGUAUUCGUCUUUGGGAUUUAACUUUUAAACCAAUUACUGUAAUUGAUCUCAGGGAAACAGACCAGGGAUACAAAGGUUUGUCUGUAAGGAGUGUUUGUUGGCGAGGUGACCACAUUCUAGUUGGAACACAGGACAGCGAAAUUUUUGAAAUUGUGGUGCAUGAAAGAAACAAACCUUUCCUAAUUAUGCAAGGGCAUUGUGAAGGUGAACUUUGGGCACUUGCCAUCCAUCCUACUAAACCUUUGGCCGUGACUGGAAGUGAUGAUCGUUCAGUCAGGAUAUGGAGCCUAGUUGAUCAUGCACUAAUAGCAAGGUGUAAUAUGGAAGAACCAAUUCGUUGUGCAGCUGUAAAUGUAGAUGGGAUCCAUCUUGCCCUUGGAAUGAAGGAUGGCUCAUUCACUGUACUUAGAGUAAGAGAUAUGACGGAAGUUGUACAUAUUAAAGAUCGGAAGGAGGCAAUUCAUGAGUUAAAAUAUUCACCAGAUGGAAGUUAUCUUGCUGUUGGAUGCAAUGACAGCUCAGUUGAUAUUUAUGGAGUUGCUCAGCGUUAUAAAAAGUUUGGGGAAUGUGUUGGAUCACUUAGUUUCAUCACUCAUCUGGACUGGUCCUCAGACAGUAGAUAUUUACAAACAAAUGAUGGGAAUGGUAAAAGACUUUUUUAUAGGAUGCCAGGAGGAAAAGAAAUGACAAAUAAAGAAGAAAUAAAAGGUGUUCAUUGGGCUUCAUGGACAUGUGUCUCAGGCCUUGAAGUAAAUGGAAUUUGGCCCAAAUAUUCAGAUAUCAAUGAUAUAAACUCAGUGGAUGGAAACUAUAUUGGCCAAGUUUUAGUUUCAGCUGAUGACUAUGGAAUUGUAAAACUAUUUCGAUAUCCUUGUUUAAGAAAAGGGGCCAAGUUUAAAAAAUACAUUGGCCAUUCAGCUCACGUAACUAAUGUCAGAUGGUCACAUGAUUAUCAGUGGGUUAUUUCUAUUGGUGGAGCAGAUCAUUCUGUCUUUCAGUGGAAAUUUAUUCCUGAAAGAAAACUAAAAGAUGCUCUUCACAUAGCACCCCAAGAAAGUCUGGCUGACUCUAAUAGUGAUGAAUCAGAUUCAGAUCUGUCUGAUGUACCAGAACUGGAUUCUGAAAUUGAGCAAGAGACACAGCUCACCUACCGUCGACAGGUUUACAAAGAAGAUCUACCUCAGCUUAAAGAACAAUACAAAGAGAAACAAAAAAGUGGUACUUCUAAAAGAAGAGAGCGGCCUCCAGGAAAUAGUAUUCGAUUACACUUUGUUCACGGUUACAGAGGUUAUGACUGUCGAAGUAAUCUGUUUUAUACUCAAAUUGGUGAAAUUGUGUACCAUGUGGCAGCAGUGGGUGUCAUUUAUAAUCGACAACAGAACACACAGCGCUUUUACCUGGGUCAUGACGAUGAUAUUCUCUGCCUGGCUCUUCAUCCUUUGAAAGACUACGUGGCAACAGGCCAGGUAGGUAGGGAUCCCUCAGUUCACAUAUGGGACACAGAGACCAUUAAACCAUUGUCAGUAUUAAAGGGCUACCACCAAUAUGGUGUCUGUGCUGUUGAUUUCUCAGCGGAUGGGAAACGUUUGGCUUCAGUUGGAAUAGAUGAUAGUCACACUAUUGUGCUGUGGGACUGGAAAAAAGGAGAGAAACUUUCAAUAGCAAGAGGAAGUAAAGAUAAGAUUUUUGUUGUAAAGAUGAACCCGUACGUGCCUGAUAAGUUAAUUACAGCUGGAAUUAAACACAUGAAAUUUUGGCGUAGAGCAGGGGGAGGAUUGAUUGGAAGAAAAGGCUACGUAGGCACACUGGGGAAAAAUGACACAAUGAUGUGUGCAGUAUAUGGAUGGACUGAAGAGAUGGCUUUUUCUGGAACAUCCACAGGAGACGUGUGUAUCUGGAGAGACAUCUUUCUUGUAAAGACAGUUAAAGCACACGAUGGGCCCGUGUUCAGUAUGCAUGCAUUGGAAAAAGGAUUCGUAACUGGAGGGAAAGAUGGGGUAGUAGCUCUCUGGGAUGACUCCUUUGAAAGAUGUCUCAAGACCUAUGCUAUAAAAAGAGCUGCAUUGGCCCCAGGAUCUAAAGGUCUUCUCCUGGAAGAUAACCCAUCUAUACGUGCCAUAUCAUUAGGACAUGGUCAUAUUUUAGUUGGCACAAAGAAUGGUGAAAUACUAGAAGUGGACAAAAGUGGCCCAGUAACACUUCUGGUCCAGGGACACAUGGAAGGAGAGGUGUGGGGUUUGGCUACACAUCCUUAUCUGCCUAUCUGUGCUACUGUAAGUGAUGAUAAGACCUUGAGAAUAUGGGAUCUCUCUCCUAGUCAUUGUAUGUUGGCCGUCCGGAAACUUAAAAAGGGUGGGAGAUGUUGCUGUUUUUCUCCUGACGGUAAAGCUUUAGCUGUAGGUCUCAAUGAUGGAAGUUUCUUAAUGGCAAAUGCAGAUACUCUAGAGGAUCUUGUAUCUUUUCACCACAGAAAAGAUAUUAUUUCAGAUAUUCGAUUUUCACCAGGUUCUGGGAAAUAUCUUGCUGUAGCAUCUCAUGAUAGCUUUAUAGAUAUAUACAAUGUAAUGAGUAGUAAACGAGUAGGAAUAUGCAAAGGCGCUACCAGUUACAUAACCCAUAUUGAUUGGGAUAUUAGAGGAAAGCUUUUACGGGUCAACACUGGUGCUAAAGAACAGUUAUUCUUUGAAGCUCCCAGAGGGAAAAAACAGACCAUCCCUAGUGGAGAGGUAGAAAAAAUUGGUUGGGCAUCAUGGACAAGUGUGCUUGGUUUAUGCUGUGAGGGAAUUUGGCCUGUAAUUGGAGAAGUCACAGAUGUAACUGCCUCUUGCCUCACCAGUGAUAAAACAGUCCUAGCUACUGGGGAUGAUUUGGGAUUUGUGAAGUUAUUUAGAUAUCCUACUAAAGGAAAAUUUGGAAAGUUUAAGAAGUAUGUGGCCCAUAGUACACAUGUCACAAAUGUUCGCUGGACUUAUGAUGACAGCAUGUUGGUUACCUUAGGAGGUACAGAUAUGUCUUUAAUGGUUUGGACAAAUGAAAUGGAGGGCUAUCGAGAAAAAAGGCCUUGUGAUAGUGAAGAAUCUGAUAUAGAUUCUGAAGAAGAUGGGGGCUAUGACAGUGAUGUUACAAGGGAGAAUGAAAUCAGUUACACCAUCAGAGCCUUAUCAACAAAUAUUCGCCCAAUGUUUGGAAUCAAGCCUCAUUUGCAACAAAAAGAACCCUCAAUUGAUGAGAGGCCUCCCGUGAGCAGGGCCCCGCCACAGCCAGAGAAACUCCAGACCAACAAUGUUGGCAAGAAAAAGAGACCCAUAGAGGACCUUGUGUUGGAGCUUGUUUUUGGCUAUCGAGGCAGAGACUGUAGGAAUAAUGUUCAUUAUUUAAAUGAUGGUGAUGAUAUAAUUUAUCACACUGCCUCCGUUGGAAUUCUGCACAAUGUUGCUACAGGGACUCAGAGUUUUUAUCAGGAGCAUAAUGAUGAUAUUCUGUGCCUCACUGUAAAUCAGCACCCCAAAUUUAUCAACAUAGUGGCAACUGGCCAAGUAGGUGAUUCAGCAGACAUGUCAGCUACAGCUCCUUCUAUCCACAUCUGGGAUGCAAUGAGCAAGCAGACUUUAUCUAUGCUAAGAUGCUACCAUUCAAAGGGAGUGUGUUCAGUCAGUUUCAGUGCUACUGGUAAACUCUUGCUGUCUGUGGGGCUAGACCCAGAACAUACAAUUACCAUUUGGAGAUGGCAGGAAGGUGCCAAAAUUGCCAGCAGAGCUGGUCACAACCAACGUAUUUUUGUGGCAGAAUUCCGACCAGAUUCAGAUUCCCAGUUUGUCUCUGUGGGAGUAAAACAUGUUAAGUUCUGGACACUGGCAGGAAGAGCUCUUCUUAGCAAAAAAGGGCUGCUGAGCACACUGGAAGAUGCCCGGAUGCAGACCAUGCUUGCUGUUGCAUUUGGUGCAAAUAACUUGACGUUUACAGGUACCAUCAGUGGAGAUGUCUGUGUGUGGAAAGACCACAUAUUGUGUAGAAUCGUGGCCAGAGCUCACAAUGGGCCUGUGUUUGCCAUGUACACCACCCUUCGAGAUGGACUUAUUGUCACCGGUGGCAAGGAGAGGCCGUCAAAAGAAGGAGGAGCAGUCAAACUGUGGGAUCAGGAACUGAGGCGAUGCCGCGCCUUCAGGCUUGAGACAGGACAAGUCACAGACUGUGUCCGUUCUGUGUGCAGAGGCAAAGGCAAGAUACUAGUAGGGACAAGGAAUGCUGAAAUAAUUGAAGUUGGAGAGAAAAAUGCAGCAUGUAACAUUUUAGUUAACGGUCAUGUGGAUGGACCUAUAUGGGGACUGGCAACACAUCCUUCCAGGGAUUUUUUCCUUUCUGCUGCAGAAGAUGGGACAGUGAGACUCUGGGAUAUUGCUGAUAAAAAGAUGUUGAACAAAGUGAAUUUGGGACAUGCUGCUCGUACUGUGUGUUAUAGCCCUGAAGGGGACAUGGUGGCUAUUGGAAUGAAAAAUGGAGAGUUUAUUAUUUUACUUGUGAGUUCUCUGAAGAUAUGGGGAAAGAAGAGAGAUAGACGAUGUGCAAUCCACGAUAUCAGAUUUAGUCCAGAUUCCCGGUUUCUGGCAGUGGGUUCCAGUGAGAAUUCAGUGGAUUUUUAUGACCUCACAUUGGGCCCCACCCUUAACAGAAUCAGCUAUUGUAAAGACAUUCCAAGCUUUGUCAUUCAAAUGGACUUCUCUGCAGAUAGCAGACACCUCCAGGUCUCCACUGGUUGCUAUAAACGGCAUGUCUAUGAAGUGCCUUCAGGAAAACAUCUUAUGGAUCAGGCUGCCAUUGACAGAAUUACUUGGGCUACAUGGACCAGUAUUCUAGGAGAUGAAGUUAUGGGAAUCUGGUCCAGACAUGCUGAGAAAGCUGAUGUCAACUGUGCUUGCGUCUCUCAUUCAGGAAUCAGCCUUGUAACAGGAGAUGAUUUUGGCAUGAUUAAGUUAUUUGACUUUCCGUGUCCUGAAAAAUUUGCGAAGCACAAAAGGUUCUUGGGUCAUUCACCCCAUGUGACAAAUAUUCGAUUUACCAGUGGUGAUCGACAUGUUAUUAGUGCUGGAGGUGAUGACUGCAGUUUAUUUGUCUGGAAAUGUGUACAUAUGCCUCAUUGAAAGAUAUGGAUGCUGAGAAGACUCUCCAUAAAUUAACAGCCUUGAGAAACCAGAACUACACAGGAGGGAAAAAAAAAAACAGAACCAAACCCUGCAUGGUCAAGUGGUGCUAACUUAAGACUGUAACAGGGAUUUAUCCAAACUUGUCAAAAUAGUGGAAGAUUGAUGUUCAAAAUAUUUGUUAUAUGCACUAGGUAACUGUCCAUAAUCCAUACACUGCCAGAAAAUUACAUUUCAAGGAAGGAUUGAAUAAAUAUUUGCUGGUAAAAGCCAACCCCCCAUUUUGGGGAGUGUGCAGAUUUGGCAGACCUGCUGGGGAGGUUUGGGAGACAAUGCUCCUCAAAAAAAAAUGAACCAAAACCUUAAAAACUCAACUUGCAUAUUUUCUUCCUCUUUUUAUCAAACCUUUUUCUUUUUAGAAUUUAUAUUUUAUUUUCAAGGUUCAUUUAGUAAAAUAUUUUAUCCUUGUGCUUAUAGAAAGAAAUAUACCAUCACCCUGCAGGAUCAGUUUUUAAAAGGCAAACAUUAUUUACCCUAAGGAAACACACAAAAGCUUUACUGGAGAAGAUAAUGCUUCUUAAGCUUUAAUAAAGUCCUGUUUAUAAAGGACAUUGUUCUCCUGGAAGUUUUAAAUUCAGGAACAAAUCCAAAGUUAGUAGUGUGUGAUUGCUACAUUUUCACUUUUGAGCUGUCAAUCUUCUUAGGUUCAGAAUUCAUCUAAUUCAAACAGUAAAAUAUGAUUAUAGCCUCAUUAAUGAAAAAGUAGUAUGAUGAACAAUCAUUUCCAGCGGUGUACAGUUUAAGGUUUUAGAUAGCAAUAGUAUUUAACUUGGAGAGAAUAUGGAAUAUUUAAAGAUGUAGUCUAACAGAAACAUUUGUUUAACAUGUAACACUAAAGCGUUAAAAGUUCAUAUUUACAAAGUUAUACAAUUUAGUAACUUGAAAUAAAAUUUUUUAGCCUUUUUUUUCCUAUUGGAAAAAUUUGUUUAGAUGUAUGUCACCCCAUAGGCUGACUUCCAAAAGGAAUGAAUAUAGGUCCACUUGUAAAACUUGUCAGUAAAAAUUCCUUUUUGGUGGAUUGGGGCUGAACUCUUAGAUCUUUACUCCUUUUAAAACUUUAAAUGCUGCCAAAGAUCAGUACUUGCCAUUCAGGAACUUGCUGUUUAGCUUAUCUGUAGUUUCCUGAAGAUUGGAAAUUAUGCAGACUGCUAUUUAAAAAUAUAUUUUUCUAAGUAUGAAGAAGUUUAAGAUGCGCUAUUGGUCCUAUGAAUUUUUAUUUUAAUGUGUUCAUUAUCUUUGUAGCAUAAUAGACCCCUUCGGGUUUCUGGAAAUCUGUUUUCUAGGUGCAACACCUUGUAAAUAUUAAAAACAGAAAUGGUUAUUAUAUCAUGGAAAGCCUAACCAGUGAUUGAACCACAUCAGUUUUAAAGCUCUGAAUAGCUGUGUCUGAAGGAUGACUGACUGGGGUUUUAAGAGGCUUGAAACAUUAAGAUUGUCUUUCAUUUUUUCUUAUCAAUGGAUUCUCCUAAAUUAAGCCCAAUUUGAGAAAACACUAAUACUAAGUUUCUAUUCAUGUAUAUUAUAAAGGAGCAGUCAAUAAAUUAGAGCAAAAAAUUGCCCUGAACAACACUCUCCCUCUAUCUUUGAGGCUGUUGCAGUUUCAAAUUUUCCUCCUGAGUCAGGUUUACCUGUUUUUGGAUAAAGAGAAAUUCCAGUUCCAUUACAGUGUGGGUAGACACUCUUAACUUUAUAUAAACUUAAGCAAGUAAUAUAUAGGAUAAAAUUGCUUCCACUGCAUUUUUGUUCUUCCCAGUGGCCAAACUGAUAGGCCAGCCUUAAUUACUAUUGUCAGUUUCCAGACUAAAGGUCAUGUUGAUUGUAAGUAGUCAUCCCACCUUGCUUAUACCAGCCAUCAACUAAGGGAAGGUGAGUAACCUCGAUAGGCCACAUAGAUUACGCCCUAUGUUUAUUUUUUUAACCCAGAGAAUUAUUUUUGUGUGCAAGAUCUGAAUAAGCUCCCAAAUUUGUAACCUGAGCCUUCUCCUGGCACCUUUAGUCCCGUUUCUGUACACAAAUGCAUGCCAAAGCACCCUGUGCACCUUGGUGCCACUCACUGUGGAUUGCUAGCUACGUCUGUUCCCUUUUUUGUGAUCUUUUUUGAUGAUGGUUCAUUUUGGACCAAGUUAUCCCACAGAUAUUUUAGAGUCAACCUUAGCUUGCCCAUAAACCAUAGCAACUGAAAGAAAAAACUCAAGUCUGUCUCCAGGCUGUGUCUAUCAAAUAGCAAAAAACAGUCUGAUUUCAGCAUGUUAUUUCCCUGUAAAAUGGCUGAAGUAGACCACUUAAACCCUUGUUUCCCACUUAUGUUCUUUACAGUGAAAUUAUGAAAAUUCAGCUAUACUCCAUUUAUAAGUAAUGACAGUAAAAGUCUGUUUAAGUUUCUGGAAAUACAAUUUAAAACAAAUUUCUUCUGCAGAGAUGUAAAGUACCUCAAGUUAACACUGGAAUGAAAAAAUACCUUAAAUUCAACAGAGUAAAACAUUUUAGAAUGAAGUGGAAUUGUCAUUCAUUUCACCCAAGCCUAACUACAUGAUAGCUUUAUUUAUGUAAGCUCUUGUGUGCAUUAUCUUUACUUAUAAUGUUUCAAGUCUUAUAAGCACAGCAAAGUGCAACUUAAAAGAUGGUUAAUAACUAACUGGUUAAUUCUUUUUUCUCCCAGCAGAAGAGAUGGCCACAAGGCUGCUGGUUUUAGGCUCUGAAAUGUCGACUUUUACAUAUGUAGUUUUUAUUAUUCCUUGGGUAUAUGACUAAGCAAGUCAAUGAACUUUU